CUCUCUCUCUCUCUCUCAUUGCACAUAUAGGAGGACUCCAUCUGUAUUAGGAAACAAGUAGAGGGAGAGGGAGAGAAGAGCGCUUUGGUGCCCUAUUUGUUAAAACCCCCUCCACCUUUUUCUCUUCCUCCUCCUCCUUCUCCAUCACGCCGCUUCUCACCCUCCCUCUCCACACCCACAACACUUCUUCUUUCGAUGCUUUUCUCCUUCACUAAAUUCGCACAAAUAACCUUCGUUUUCUCGUCUUUGGUGUACGCAAUCCACUAAUCUGUGGAAAGGCGACGCCGCCUUUGAUCGCCUUCUCUUUUUUUCUGAUUCGACCCCUCGAUCCGCCGCUGUUUCCUUUCAGGGGAUAUUCUUUUAGCUGUGGAAGGAGUAAUUUGUGGAUCAACAUUGUCAAGUAGACGGCUGGCUCUGUGUUGCUUUUGGUGUACAGCACAUAACAUCAUCCUUUAUGCAUUAUGGAAGAGACCAAAAUCAUUCAAGACUUCGAUGAAUUCGAGAUGCUCCUCAGUGAGAUACCAAAUGCUACUUCGGGGAGCCCUCAAUCCGUAAUACCUAUCCGACCCAAUUCUAAUUCAUCAGCAAAAGUGGAACCAAUCUCCAAAGGGAAGAUUUCUUCGUGCUGCGGUGGUUCUGCUAAGCUCAACAACUCUCUAAGGGCUCCAGGGCAUGUGGGUGAUACGAAAUCAUAUGAUGGCUCGACCUUAUCUCGGUGCAAAGGUGAUCGAAAGGAUUCUUUGCAUGAUGAAAAUGGAAAAUCUCAAUUGUGCCUGGAGCGAGAAACGGCGAACUUGCCAGAUGACCAAUCUCUGGCAUCGGCCUUCGGGGAACUGACCUUUAAAGAUAGUAUUGCAGUUUUACCUGCUGUUUCGUUUAUGCAAACUCCGCAUUCAGUUAAUGGAACCAACAUUGCUUCGGGGCUCAACUCUGUGGAGAUGUCUUUUCCUCAAUUGAAUACGAUAGCAAACAGUACUUACUCACCCUAUCACGAUUUAGAAAGGCAAUCUUCGUUAAGGGGCAGAAACGAAGAACGUCAAUUCGAUCAAAAGUUUCUUAUGCUCGAUAAUAAUGAAACCAACAUGAGAUAUUCAGAGAGCUUAGCUUGUAAUUUUCAGGACCACUCACAAAGGUUUCCAAUCCACCCUGUGAAUUCUGAAAUGCGUUGCUUUGAGAUCCUUCCUGGGGUUUCUAAUAGGCAAUUUGAGUUACCAGCUUCAAACGUCCAGCACCGACUCUACUUUCCAAAACAACAAUAUGUUUAUGUACAACAAUUUCAAAAUCAGGGAUCUAACGUGCAACAAAUGCAUAACCAAAUGGGGCAAGGAAUGCAAGGUUCUUAUUGGAAUAAUCCUGUUGUUAACAGGGGAUCUAAUCAGUUAGCUGCGACUUUGAUGAAUAGUGACACUUGUAGAUAUAAUCCUCACAAUUUCUGUGGUUUGGGUGAAAGCUACACGAUUCGACGUGGUGAAAAGAUAAAUUAUCCACCUUCACUAACCUGUUCUGCUAGAGGAUUCUCAGAAAAUCAGUCCAUCAACACAGUUGAUGAGAAGAACUUUCCUGCAAAGAUAUUAAUGAGGUCUAAUGGAGCUAACUCACUGAGAACUAUUAGAUCUGGUUCUCUUAUUACUAGUCAAUCACAACACCAUGUUCUUAACAAUGCUGGCGUGUAUACUAAUGGCAAUACCCACCUUCCUCUUACAAUGAGACCCAACUCCACUCAACUUAAUGGACAGAAGUUGCAGUUCUUGUCUUGUGUUAAUUUUGAGUCGGUGGAUGAGAUUGCGGGAAGGAUAUAUUCCUUUGCAAAGGAUCAGAACGGUUGCCGCUCAUUGCAGAAAGUUUUCACUGAAGGAACUCCAGAAGAUGUUGAGAAGGUCUUUAACGAGAUCAUAUGUCGCAUUGUUGACCUUAUGACUGAUCCGUUUGCGAACUAUCUAGUCCAAAAACUACUUGAAGUGUGCACACAGAGUCAAAUGAUGCGCAUAGUUCAAGAAAUUACCAAAGUUUCAGGCGAUUUGGUUUUGAUCUCAUGUAAUACGCAUGGGACACGUUCUCUACAGAAGUUGAUUGAAACCAUCAAAAGUGAAGAGCAAAUUUCCAUGGUUGUAUCAGCUCUGAGGCCUGAUAUUCUUUCCUUGAUGAUGGAUGCCAAUGGUAGUCAUGUUGCACAAUGCUGCUUGCAAUAUCUGUUGCCGGAAUAUAUAGCGUUCAUCUUUGAUGCUGCCAUUACUUACUGCUUCGAUUUAGCGAAAGACCGUUAUGGAUGUUGUGUGCUUCAAAAAUGCAUCUUUCACUCGAGUGGCGAAAAGAGACGCCAGUUGAUAUCUGCUGUCAUAUCUAAUGCUCUUUGUCUUUCUCAAGAUCAAUAUGGGAACUAUGUGGUACAAAUCAUUCUUGAUCAAGAGAUUCCAUGGGCGACAGAUGCGAUCUUGGAUCAACUGCAAGGUCGGUUUGGGGAUUUAUCGAUGCAGAAAUAUAGCAGCAAUGUCGUAGAGAAAUGUCUGAAACUUGCAAGGGAUAUCGGGCGUGCGAAGAUCAUUAGGGAACUAAUGAAUAGUUACGACCUGCCCCAAAUUAUGCUAGACCAAUAUGGGAACUAUGUCAUUCAAUCAGCACUGAGAGAAUGCAAGGGCGCACUUCAUGCUGCGUUUGUCGAGGUCAUCAAGCCGCAUGCUGCUGUACUCCGAACUAGUCCUUUUGGCAGAAGAGUUCUUUCGUGCCCUUCCCUAAAGAAUAAAUAGUGUUUUCAGAGGAUAUCAUACGUGUUUGCAAGUCCUUUUGCAGUUAACCCAGGGAAGAAUAAGUAGCCAUCAUAAAUGACCAGCAUUUAUAGUUCUCCUUGGUUAUUAGGAAAUUUUGUGUUUAGAUAGGUAAUAGAUUGUUUUUCUGUUUAUGGUAGACAAGAUCUUGGAACCUUGUAGAGUUUGUAAACAAGAAGGUUGUAGAGUUAUUGAUGUGGAAAUAAUUGGGUUUU